UUUCUAGUUCCGGGUUCCCCGGCCGAGGCGGUGAUGGCGGCGGCCUCUUCCUCCUCUUCCUCUUCGGCGGCGGGGUGCCGGGACGGCCCAGCGGGGCCUGGCUGGAGCGAUUCCCAGUUCCGCCAUUACUCUUUCGAGACGCGGCCCAUCCCGCGCCUCAGCCACAGCGACCCCCGCGCCGAGGAGCUCAUCGAGAACGAGGAGCCAGUGGUGCUGACGGAUACAAAUCUGGUUUAUCCUGCCCUGAAGUGGGACCUGGACUACCUCCAGGAAAACAUUGGCAAUGGGGACUUCUCAGUGUACAGUGCCAGUACACACAAAUUUUUGUACUAUGAUGAAAAGAAGAUGGCCAAUUUUAAGAAUUUCAAACCUAAGUCAAGUAGGGAAGAGAUGAAGUUUGCUGAGUUUGUGGACAGACUUCAAGAAAUACAACAAAAAGGGAGUGCUGAGAGACUUUACCUGCAGCAAACUCUGAAUGACACGGUUGGAAGGAAGAUUGUGGUGGAUUUCCUUGGCUUCAACUGGAACUGGAUUAACAAACAGCAGGGGAAACGUGGCUGGGGUCAACUGACUUCUAACUUGCUGCUCAUUGGCAUGGAAGGGAAUGUGACACCAGCUCAUUAUGACGAGCAGCAAAACUUCUUCGCUCAGAUUAAGGGUUACAAGAGGUGUAUCCUUUUUCCUCCUGAUCAGUUUGAAUGCCUCUACCCUUAUCCUGUGCACCACCCAUGUGACAGACAGAGCCAGGUGGAUUUUGAUAAUCCUGACUAUGAGAAGUUCCCAAAUUUCCGGAGCGUGGUUGGCUACGAGACGGUGGUGGGUCCAGGGGAUGUGCUGUACAUACCUAUGUACUGGUGGCACCACAUCGAGUCUCUCCUGAAUGGUGGGAUUACCAUCACUGUGAACUUCUGGUACAAGGGUGCCCCGACCCCAAAGAGAAUUGAAUAUCCAUUAAAGGCUCAUCAGAAAGUGGCGAUAAUGAGAAACAUUGAGAAGAUGUUGGGAGAAGCCUUAGGAAGUCCACAAGAGGUGGGUCCCUUGUUGAAUAUGAUGAUUAAAGGACGGUAUGACUAAAUGCCUGGCUGCCCAGGUGACUGAUGUUGCAGCUGCUUUGUUCACAAGCAAUGGAAGAUACUGAGAGCUAGUAUUGCACGCAGCACUUAACAGACUGAUGGGUUUCCUGGCCCAUCCCUAUCCCUGCCCCACUACAAUAAAGGGGGCUACUGGAACUGCAAUACCAUUAGUACCCCGAUCAUUCUCCACUGUCAUCUGAUUGAACCUCCCAAGAAAGAGUCUGCACUUACUGGAAGCUGGAUUCAUGCUCACUAACUUUUUUUUCUUCCUCUGCUCUGUUUGCCACAAAAAGAAGCAUGGCUUCUGGCACUCAGAUGUUGCUUCAGGAUUUUCAGGCAUUUGAAGAAGAGUUUGAAGGGGAACUGGGAUCGAUUGUGUUUCCUCAGCCUCAUGGGGUUUGGGCCUCUUGGCUGGGUUUACAUGUUGGUGCCUGCAGUGGAUAUGUAAUGGAAAGUGACAGGUUUCACAGUUCUUUGUUAUCAGAAGACCUGUCCGUGCUCAACUCUGGCACCUUUUUGUAUAGCAGAGGUGAAAAAGUGAAAUGAUCUUGUAUGGCGAGUAACUGGACAAAUGAUUCAGUUUCUUUAACUCAAGACAUCUGUGCUUGAGACUUUGUACAGGGUAGAGAGGUGAAAGUGAAUUAACCAAGUAUGUGAGCACCAAUUCCUGUGCUCUCCAAGUGUCUGUUGUAGGAGUCUAGAUAAACCUUCAAUCUGACAGCAGUUUUAGGGAGUGAAGACUUCUCUCCCACUCUUAAGCUGCAGUGUUUUAAAAGGGGAUGAAGAAUUGUGAAGUGAGAUAGAUAAAUGUCAGGCCAGUCUUUGAGUCUUGACUGAUCAAGCCAUGUCUGGAAAAAAAAAAAUUCUGUGGUAGUGCUGAGAGAGACUAUAGAGAUACAGUGUCAGACAGGUACAAAGUCUCCUUUAUCCCCAUCAGGGAUGCCAGCUCCUCAGACAUUUUGCCCUUUUUACCAAACCUGCAAAAACUCGAGUGUGUGUGGCUGCACACAUGUUUGUGUGAUGUUGUAUGGUUCCUGUCCAUCAGUUUAAUCCAUGCCAGUGUGAUGUUCCCUUCCUUGUGUAGUCACUUGAAAGAGGUCAGGGCUUUCUGUUUAAUUGUAAUUAAGUUUAUUUUAAUCCUUCUUGCAUUCUGGAACUUGGCAUGGCUGGAAGUGACAAGAGUGGGGCAGAGGAAUAAGAGGAGCUUCUGGUUGAGUUCUCAGCAGUCACCCUAAAAAAUCAUUUUGCUUUCUUCCAUCUCUGCUGCAAAAAAAAAAAAAAAAAAAAAAAAAAAAAGCCAAACACCUUAGGCUCAUAUGGAGGCUGGCUUUUUAUUGCCCAGAGUGCACUGCAGUGCUGUUCCUGAUUUGGAGAUAGUGCCAAGGACUUGUAUAUCUAAUGCAGUUGUAAUGGGUCCUAAGAGUAUAGAUGGGAGAAGCUAUUUUUUUCAUUAAAGAAAAUAGUGAGGGAUUUUUUUGUUGUUGUUGAGACUUCCCAUUACUUUCCCCUUUCUUCAGGUCUUAUUCUGACACAGGAUUUCGAUAAGUGUUGAGAAGAUGCUGCUCGAUAAGUGCUCUGGCAUUGGCCUCAUCUUUUGCAGAGAUAGCUCAUGCACCACGAACUGUGAGGUUUUCUUGCACAAAGGUGAUAGACUUAUUGAACUGGAGGUUCUAGGGGCUAGUUUUAUGGCUGCUUGCAGGUCAGAGCAAAUGAAGUGUAACUGGCAGCUACAGAGCCCUUGUUUAGAAAAUGUACAUGUCACAGAAUAGUCUGACUGCCGUGUUACUUGUUGCAGAUUCUGCCAAAUGAAGGUUGCUCACCUGGAUGCUUCUCAAUGCUUAGUGUUUGGGCAGGUGGGGAAAAAGGCUAGUCUGCUGACUGGCCCAAAAAAAGGCCUUCCCAGGAAUCUGGGAAGUCUCUGCCCUUGCUUGAAAGAUGCUCAAAUGAAAUCCCAUCUCUGUGCUAUUUAUUUAUCACACAGUAGUCUCCAGUACUACUUGUUAGACACCAUCAAUUCCUGGAGCUCAGGGUGGGAGUUCAUGUCCCAUGUGGAGAGAGAAUGGUACAUAUGUAACUUUAGGAUCUUUUUUGUUUGCCAAAGGUCUAACUUUUAAAGUGUCUGAACAGUUUUUGCUGCACUUGACUUUGUGAAAGCUCAUUUACAAUGCACUGAUGGACUGACUCUCCCCUUCCGUUUUCACCUUGUGCUUUCAAUGCCCCUUGCCAUGGUAUUGGGAAGCUGUGUGUGUUCUCUGCUAGGGGUGCGUGUGUGCAGGGGGUGGGGUGUGACAAACACACGGUACCUUCUGAAGUGUAGUUCUUAAAUACAACCAAUGUUGAACAACA